GACACAUGGGAACUUGCUCAAGCCGAGCUGCAUGGCCGUAUGAGUCGAGAUCGAAUACAGAAGCUACAAUCGUUUCUAGGAAAGACAAGUUCUGCCAGGGCGGUGGGCGUCUGCAUUCUGCUGCCUCACCCGUGUGUACUCAUGGUAGCAGCGCUAGAGAUUAUCCCUCUAUCACCACCGAAAGCGGGCACUCGAGCCAAC